AACAAACGGGAGCCGGUUCACUGCAGAUGGUUUGAACAUUUUCCUGAAGACAGCACUGGCUAGGGUUAAAUCUUUACAGUUUGGGUCCAGAUUCCUUCAUUCCAUUCCCAGCCUCUAACUGAAACUGAACAACAAAGGUUGUCACCGUAACUCACCUUACCAUGGACAGGAACAGGAAGUGGAUGUCGGGCUUUGCAGCUGUACUACUGAUCCUGUUGAGUCACAUGACCUCAGCGCUGGAGGUACCACUUGAUCCUAAAGUUCUGGAAGGAUUGCCCCAACCCCCCACCAUAACGCUACAGUCUCCAAAGGAUUACAUCUUUGAUCCACGGGAGAACAUCGUCAUACACUGUGAGGCCAAGGGGAAGCCUCAUCCCAGCUUCUCAUGGACGAGAAACGGGUCCCACUUCGAUGUAGAGAAGGACUCCAAAGUGCUGAUGAAGCCCGGGUCUGGAACCCUGGUCAUCGACAUCAGCGGGGAGAAGGCCGAGGCGUAUGAGGGGACGUAUCAGUGCACGGCGCACAAUGAGCACGGCACGGCUGUGUCCAACAACAUAGUCAUCAGACAGUCCAGGUCCCCCUUGUGGUCGAAGGAGAGAAAUGAGGCCAUUGUGGUGCAGAGGGGGGUUUCCCUGGUGCUGCAGUGCCGACCCCCUGCAGGGCUUCCCCCACCUGUCAUCUUCUGGAUGGAUAACAAUUUCCAGAGGUUACCGCUGGACAAACGAGUGUCCCAGGCCCUGAACGGAGACUUGUACUUCUCUAACGUUCUCCCAGAAGACAGCAGGCCGGACUACAUCUGCUACGCCCGCUUCCCUCACACGCAAACCAUCCAGCAGAAACAGCCGAUCUCAGUCACCGUGCUCGACAACAGUCCAGAAGGUGAGCGCCGCCCAGGUUUCAUGCUGCCUUCAGGUGCCACCAGCACCAAGAUGGUUCUGAGAGGAGAGACUCUGGAGCUGGAGUGCAUCGCUUCAGGCUUGCCGACUCCAGAGAUCUCCUGGCUGAAGGACGGAGGAGAGCUGCCCACCAACAGGAUGUCUUUUCAUAAUUUUAAGAAAAUGCUGAAGAUUUCUGAUGUGACUGAAGCUGAUGCUGGCGACUAUCGCUGUACAGCUGCAAACAACCUGGGGACAGCACACCACAUCAUCAAGGUCACUGUGAAAGCUGCUCCUUUCUGGAUCAGCGCUCCAAGAAACCUGAUCCUCGCCCCGAAUGAGACUGGCAUCCUGACCUGUCGAGUCAACGGAGAGCCGAAACCCAAGAUCACCUGGUUUGUCAACGGGGUCGCCAUAGAGAAUGCACCAGAGGACCACACUCGGAAAGUGGACGACGACACAGUCAUUCUCAGUAAUGUUCAGUCGGGCUCCAGCGCCGUCUAUCAGUGUAAUGCAUCCAAUGAGUUUGGUUACCUGAUGGCCAACGCUUUCGUCAACGUUCUCGCGGAGCCACCAAGGGUGCUAACCCCACCCAACAGAGUGUACCAGGUCAUCACCAACAACCCUGCGUUACUUCACUGUGCCUCUUUUGGCUCACCGAUACCAGUGAUCACAUGGUUUAAAGACAGUCAGACCAGCAUUAAGAACGGUGACCCUUAUGUGAUCCAUGAGAACGGCACGUUGGAGAUCCAUGUAGCCCAGCCUUCAAACAGCGGGAAGUACACGUGCAUCGCCACCAACAACCUGGGAAUCAAGGAGAACCACGUGUACCUGGAGGUAAAAGAGCCCACCCGGAUCCUGAAGCAGCCAGAGUACAAGGUGGUACAGAGAGGGAUGAGCGCUGCGUUUGAGUGUAAAGUCAAACACGACCCGUCCCUCAUUCCCACCAUGACCUGGCUCAAAGACAACGGGGAGCUGCCUGAUGAUGAGAGGUUUGUGGUAGACACAGACAGUCUGAUCAUUAAAGAUGUAACAGAUGGGGAUGAGGGAACCUACACCUGCAUCAUGAACACCACCCUGGACCAGGACUCAGCCAGUGCCAUGCUGACUGUCGUAGAGGCUACUCCUACUCCAGCUAUCAUCUACGAGAAACCUGACCCCCCGACUGACUUGGAGCUGACCGACCAGACAGAGAGGAGCGUUCAGCUCACCUGGAUCCCUGGAGAUGAACACAACAGUCCUACACAGAAGUUUCUGAUCCAGUUCGAGGAUCUUCUCCACCAGCCGGGAGUUUGGUUCAACCUCACAGAGGUUGCCGGUACGAGCACCACAGCUCAAUUAAAUCUCUCUCCAUACGUCUACUACUCAUUCAGAGUCCUGGCUCUGAAUCAUGUUGGCUACAGCGAGCCCAGCCAGCCUUCUAACCAAUACAGGACCAACCCUGCAGCUCCUGAUGAUAAUCCAUCAAAUGUUCAGGGAGAGGGAACAGAAGCUGGAAACUUGGUCAUCUCCUGGACACCGCUGACAGGAUUUCAAUCCAAUGGGCCCAAUCUGGAGUACAAGGUGCAGUGGAGGCAGAAGGAUGUGGAGGACGACUGGUCCUCAAAGAACGUAGCCAACGUUUCCCAGUUUGUCGUGACUGGAACUCCGACUUACGUGCCCUACGAGAUCAAAGUUCAAGCUUUGAAUGAUUAUGGCAGCGGCCCUGAGCCAGAAGUUGUGAUUGGAUACUCUGGAGAGGACUUGCCUUUGUCUGCUCCUGAUAGCGUGCAGGUCAUGGUGCACAACAGCACGCUUGCAGAGGUGCACUGGGUGCCUGUGCCUUACCCCUCAGUCAGAGGAAAACUACAGGGAUACAAGGUGUACUACUCUCGAGAGCGAGGUUUGCAUGAAGCAGAAGGGGAGUCGGAGAAGCCAGAGGAGCAGGUUCUAACGUUCAGUGGGAAUCGUAGCGAUGGACGUCUGCCAGGCCUCCAGCCUUACAGUGUCUACAACCUAAGCAUCAGGGUCCUCAACAGCAAAGGAGAAGGGCCCCCCAGUCCCAGCAAGAAAUUUGAGACACCGGAGGGAGUCCCAGGACCUCCAUCUUUUCUGAAUGUGGUAAAGCCCAGCUUGGACUCUCUCACCCUGGAAUGGGGCCCACCAAUGAACAACAAUGGCCGCCUGGUUGGAUACACACUCAAAUACCAACCAGUCAACAGCACUAAUGAACUGGGCCCAGUCAGGGUCAAGAUGUUUGCUGCCAACGAGACCACCACCGUCCUGAUGAACCUGAACUCCAGCAUGCUUUACAAAUUUUACCUAAGUGCACAGACAAUCAAGGGCUCGGGCCCGUCCAUCACAGAGGAAGCUUUCACUGUCAUGGACACAGCUCAAACUCAGCCCACUGUAGUGGCGGGCAAAGGCCUCACAGAGCCCCCACACCCAACCUCUCCCAUCACUCAGUCAACGCACCCCCCACUUCACAAGGCGCCCCCUAUAGGCCCUGCGUUUGGCACAGUUAACACGUCCGUGUCGGAGGAGGGUGCGGUGAUUCGCUGGGAUUACUUUGGACAUCAUAAGAAUGUUUAUGUGGAAUAUAGUGUAGAAAACAGUAAAGAGGACUGGAAAAAGGAGUUGGUAAACGGUUCUCACUGGCAUAUGAUAAAAGGUUUAAAGCCAGGGACGUCUUAUAAGGUGCGCGUGGUAGCUAGAGACCCGGACGACCCCACAGUCCACAGCACAGACGAGGUGUUGGUUACUGUGCCAGCUGUGCCCAGCAGACAGGUCGACAUUGCCACCCAGGGAUGGUUCAUUGGACUCAUGUGUGCCAUUGCACUCCUCAUACUGGUCCUCCUCAUCGUGUGCUUCAUUAAGAGGAACAAGGGCGGCAAAUAUCCAGUGAAAGAGAAAGAAGAUGCUCACCAAGACCCAGAGAUCCAGCCCAUGAAGGAAGAUGACGGGACCUUUGGAGAGUACAGUGACACAGAGGACCACAAGCCGCUGAAGGGCAGCCGGACGCCGUCAAAUGGGACAGUGCGCCGCGACGAGAGCGAUGACAGCUUGGUGGACUACGGGGAGGGUGGGGACGGACAGUUCAACGAGGACGGCUCCUUCAUCGGCCAGUACAGCGGCAAGAAAGAAAAAGACACGCACGAAGGGAACGAGAGUUCAGAAGCCCCGUCGCCCGUCAACGCCAUGAACUCGUUUGUCUAACGUAGGGAUGGCGGGCGGCUCGGCUGCAACGGUUGUUACAGCCACUCCUCGUCACCCUGGCAAAUGUGACCAUGGGCGAGCGCUUUCGUGGUGACAGUUGCGAAGGUGACGGCGGAUGUGGACACCUACUUUAAACCAUGGUGGCUGUCACACCCUCAUCUCCAGCCCCCCCUGUCACACUGUGAUCUCUGAUCGACACACUCAACACAGCGAAGACCGACAACGCAUCCCCCAUGACCAUUACAAGAAGGUGUGAAACGAGGGAUGUGAGGACUCUGAGAAGAGAGCAAGCAAUACGGAAAAGAUGAAGGAAUGUACUGGAAAGAUUUAAAGCAGAAGUGUGUUAGUGCCAUAUGAUCUUUGCAAACAUCCUGAAACAUGUAUCCAAAUAUAUAUUUUAUCAAAGUACAGUACAUGACCCACAUGCAGGCGAGUAUGCAUCAAAUCAUCUGCAUGGAGAUUAUCAUGAUUCUAUUAUGCAUUUUACCAUCUUCGUGUAAGUUGUUGCAGAGGUGAGCUGCGUGUUGAGACUGUAAAUGAUGCACGCCUACUAGCGUCUGGAUAUGCCUCUUAUUGUUUUUCUUUUUUCCAGUCAAAGUGUUCAAUGGUAUUUUGAGAAAAAAAUGGCAGCAGUGUCGUCGAUGCACCGCUGUGAAACGUGUGGCGCAAUGUAGAAGCUAGCAUUUGUCUUUUUGGGACAGAUGAACUGUUUGUAUAUAUGUAAUAGAAUAAGAAGAGCUCUAUAUUUCAAGGUCAGGGAUGUCCAUUUGUAGUCUUUGGAAACCUGGCGAGAAACACUUUGAACUCAGCGUUGGGUCAUUCCUUAUCACACCAGCCAGCCAGAACUCCCACAUAUAACACAAUCGGCCUGUUUUUGGUUUACUCUAGCUUUUUCUAUACUUUUGUCGUCUGUUUUUCUUCUAGCCUUGUUCUUAUCCUUUCUUUUUCCAAACACUAACUACACACUAAGGAGUGGGGAUUGUGUCAGCAUCAUGGUCAUGUGCUACCAACCCAAAUCAUGAGUCACUGUGCAAGCCUUUCCUCUAGUCUGUGGUGGUAUCGUCAAAAUUCACAUCUACAAAGAGCAUUUCCAUUUACCUGCCGUGUAUUAUGGCAGUAAAAGAUGUCUAUAAGUUGAUGAUGGAGAACCUCUCAGCACGGUUUCUAGUGCCUUUGUAGAGAACAGUGACUCAUAGAAAUGCAUCCCCUUCAAACACAGGACAGACCUACAUUAGUGCACAUCAUAAGGACCAUAAAUAACAUGCAUAAUAAAAUCCUACAUAGAAUCAACCCAAAGCCUUUUAAAGUAUUUGAAACUACCUUUAAGUUGCAUGGGAAAAGCUCCAAAUGGUUCUGCUGAUGUUUAAGAAGCUAUUCAUGCAAAUUAAACCACUUAUUAUAAGCUAUUUGAGUGUUAUUAAACAUCUAUGUGCUAAUUAGCCAAUUAAUGGUCCUGUGAGGAGUUUUUAUCUGGUUAUAAAACAUACCAAAAUUAUUAUUCUUACCUCUGUAUGACCUGAAAAAGCAAACAGGACCAUAAUCACAUAGGAUCUGUAUCUAUUUAAGCAUACUGAAAGCCUGGAACUACUGCCAGGGGGUAGGCAUCCCAUGAUGACUAGUGUCAGCUGUUUCUUUACAUUUUCCAUGGCCGGGAUGCUCUAAGUCCAAGUUCACUAAUUAGCGGAUCCAGAUGCUGUCUCCUGUCCAGACUGGUGCAUACCUGUUAUACCAAUCUGAUGAGUGCUUCUACGCCAACCUUGACAUUUACGUUAAUCUGCUUUGAGCUGUGUAGCUUCUCUCGUCUUAAUGAUAGCCACAUGUGACACUACUCAACCAAUCAGAUGCUUCACUCAGGUGAGAAACAGCUAGCAAAGUGAGUUAGCAGCCUGCUGCAGCAGAGGCACACUUGCCGUUUCUCAGAGCUAAGAAAAGAUCCUGGUAACCUGACAUGCCAGAUAGACUGUUUCAUAUCUCCAUUGCAUGGAUGUAUUCCAUAUUUUUCUGGGGAAGCUCCCAUAGAAAGCGUUUGGGAAGGGCAGGACUUUUCAAAAAAUUCUGGGAAGGUAAUUGGAGGAACUUUCUGUCACAUUUGUGACGGGCCAAUCAGAGCGACAAGACAAAAUGACGCAUUGUACAUUGCUUCAAGUACAGCAGUGCCGUGCCCCUAGCUACUGCUUUGUUUUCCUCAAAUUAUGCUGAUUGGUCUGAACAGUGUCGGGUUCAGCACAACCGCUGUGGAUUAGAGCUUUUCAUGAUGAUAUUUGCCUGAUGACAGAGAUGGAGUCUGGCAAACCCAUCUGUUUUGCAAGGAUCCCGUAACGGUAGUGUUUGAAUGAUUCUACUGCUGUUAGAGGGCUGUUCUGAUGUUGAGGAUCCUUAAAAUUCCUCCUAGCGCCGAGUCUUUCAAACAGAGACUUUUUGAGGAUGCACAUUCAGUAUGUGUCCUCUGCUUGCAGGAAUUACCCACGAUCCAAUGCACACUGUUUUUCAUCUCUUUAGAAAAAAAAUACAAAGGGCAAUAUCAGGAGGCAGCCGGCUCCUUGACCGCUCAAUCCCUUUCAAAUGCAAGUAUUGUCCUGUUAAUAGUUUUUCAUCAUAAUUAAAGGCAUCAAAAUAAAGCUGGGCGGGUAAAAGCUUGAGUUAUUGGGGUAUCACUACUCAGCCUCCCUGGGAAGGUCUACUCUGGUGUGCUGGAAAGGAGGUUCAGCCAAAUGCUGAACGUUGGAUACAGAAGGAACAAUGCGGAUUCCAUCCUUGCCACGGGACAGUGGACCAACUCUUUACUCUUGCAAGGCUCCUUGGAGGAGCAUGGGAGUUUGCUCAUCCAGUCUACAUGUGUUUUGUGGACUUGGAGAAGGCUUAAGAUCAUGUCCAUAUCAUGUGGGGGAAAAUGGGGUCCUAGGUGAGCCAUCAGGUCCCUGUAUAUCAAAGUCAGGCAGGUUCCCGGUGCAUGUUGGACUCUGCCAGGGCUGCCCCUUAUUUCCAUUUCUAUUGAUUUUCAUGGACGGGAUCUCGAGGUGCAGCCGGGUAGAGGAAGGUUCUUAGUUCAGGGACUUCAGAAUUUCAUCUCUGCUUUUUGCAGAUGAUGUGGUUCUGUUGGCUUCCUCAGCUGGGGAUCUCCAGGAGGCAUUGAGGCAGUUUGCAGUGGAGUGCAAAGCAGUUGGGAUUAAAGUCAGCACCUUGGUUCUCUGCUGGAAAAUGGUAGAUUGCUCCCUCUGGUUGAGAGUGAGUCUCUGCCCCAGGUGAAGGAGUUCAAGUUUCUCGGAGUCUUGUUCACGAGUGAGGGUUAAAGGGAGUGUGAGAUUGGUGCAGCAUCAGCAGUCCUGUGGCCGUUGUGCCGGACCAUUGUGGUGAAGAGGGAGCUGAGCUGAAAGGCAAAGCUUUCAAUUUGCCGGUCGAUCUACCUCCCAACUCUCACCUAUGGUCGUGAACUCUGGGUAAUGACCAAAAGACUGAGAUUGCAGAUAAAAGCAUCUGAAAUGAGUUUUCUCUGGAGGGAGGCUAGAGACAGGGUGAGGAGUUCAGACAUCCAAAGGGAACUACGAGUAGAGCUGCUCAAAAGUAGCCAGUUGAGGUGGUUCAGGCAUCUGAUCAGGAUGCUUCCUGGGCACCUCCCUUUGGAGGUUUUACGGUAUAUCCAGCUGGAAGCUCUUUAUUACUUGGCACUCACACCUACCCCCCCCCAACAGCAGUUUAAGGCUUUAAAAUAUCUCUAUGGAAAAGGUCAGCCAUCUUUAUGCUGAUGUUUUUAGUUUGCUUUGUUGGCCAUAAAGAAGCAUUAGUGUUGAUUUUAGUCUGUUUCAUAACCAGUUUAGAAAUUAUCACAGGAGCUUUAAAUAUGUUUUAAAAAUGACCGUUUCCUAGCUGAACCUUGGCGUUAUACGUGAGGAGUUAAAUCCAGCUAUAGAUUGUUCUGGCCUUGUUGACAAUCAUAAACUCAUACAUAUACAGGCAUAUAAACUGAUCACUUCACACCAUCAGGUGAGGAUUUAAAGACCGAGGAAAUGUGUACGAAACCUAAUGUAAGAGCAUGACCGCCUCAAGAGCUGUCGUCAUUUCAGUCCCAUUCAUGUUGAGGAGGAGCCGCUGCUCUGCAGCACCAAACUACUGCCAACCUGCUCACCAGGUAACUGCCAACAGGAACCACAGACUUUUAUCAGGGCGGGAACUUCGUGUUACUGGUAGCACUUAAAUGAAGGGGGUCAUAAAUCUGCGUAAUGAUUCUGAAUGUGGAAACAAGUGUCGUCUGUUAAUGUGAAUGAAAAAAUUGCUUGUUUCACUGCAAAAUGGUAAACACACUGGUGACUUUGGUUUAUGCAUUUAUUCUUCUGUCUGUGUUGUCAGGGCAGCACUCGGUGAGUUUUCUAUUACUGUAAAUGAAUGAAGCUUGAAUGUUUGGGUGCAUGAAUGUGUGGGUGUGUGCAGCACAUGCAUGCUACCGUGUUACAGCGUGCGUGGUGUACACUUUGGCUUUUAAUCACCAUGGAUAAUGCUCUGCUGUGUCCCAUUUCAAGUGGAGCAUCCUUCAGAGGACUCAGCCUGAAAAGGAACUAGUCUCAGCCUGAGUGCAAAGACAAAGACAGAGGAUUUCCUGUUUGCAUCACCAGCUAUUACCGCCGCUUACACUAUAUGGACAAAAUUAUUCAGACACAUGACCAUUACAACCCUAGAACAGGAGUGACAUUCAAAUGCAUGUACUUUAAUAUGGGGUCGGUGACCUUUUGCAGAUAUAACAGCCUCCACUCAUCUUGGAAAGCUUCCCUCAACAUUUUGGAAUAUUUAAUUCAUUCUGUAGCGCAUUUAUGAAGUCAGGCAUCCAUCACAGUAACAUAUUCAGUCAGCAAGCUCCUCAGAAUGUCCCAUUUUGUAUCACAAAUGUUUGCAUAUUGAAACUGCAUGGCUAGUUGUUUGAUUUUAUACACCUGUGGCCUCAGGUCUGAUUAAAACACCUGAAUUCAAUAAUGGCCAAAUACUUUUGUCCAUAUGGUGUAUGUGUCACUGGCAAUUCCAUUGGCUUGAAACAAAAAUUUAUAUUUAAAAAUAUGUUAUUUGCUCUCUUCAGAGUCUACUAUGUUAUUUGAUAUGGCGUGCAAUGCAUCAUGGGACAUGUCUGCCUACAAAAGAUGCACCAGAUGGAUCCAGUGUGGCACUUGCAAAAGAAGACUGCAUUUGUUUUUCACAUUUUAAGAGCGUUUGAAAUGAAACAGCCCUCAAAACACUUUGACUUUAAACUACAGCCUUCAAAGGAUGCAGCCCCUGAAUUGGGACACAGCUUAUGAUUCUGAUGUGUGUCUACAGUCUACUCCAACUCCAGACAGGAGAUCCAAGACUUUUUUUUUUUCAGAAAACAUUUCCACGUUUUUCUUUUAUCAUAACUUGCAUCAAGUUUUUAGGUUUGCGAUGCGUCAGCUUUCCACGUGUAGAUAUUUUUGUUGUAUUUUGUAAAUAAUGGCUUGAAUUGAGUGUAGAUGUGUUGGGGUCAAAAGUGAGAGCUUGACCUCAAUUAACCCUGCUGCAUUAUGGGUAGGAGGGUAUAAUGGCGUUGCGUGAGCUGAGGCUAUUUACAGUUUUCACUCUUUUAUUUGCUGUGAAGUUUUUUUUUCUUUUCUUUCUUUUUUUGAACUUGUCAGGUGGAUUUGCUAGCUCAAAUGUUUAGCCUAUCAGGUAUCAAAGGAGAUUAUUUAACUUGUGACUGAGCUCUUGUGACACCUGUAUUGUUUCUGUCUCUGACAGUUCACGCACCUUUUCUGUAUUUUUUAUAAAAUGGGACACUUUUAAACAGGAUGUGCCGUUUCACACGCAACACGCGGCUAGUUUACGAAAGAAACUUUUGUCCUAAACUAGACAUAAGACGAAACAAACAUCCUUUUUGAGAGUGUGCAUCAAAAAACGAAACAAAAGUGUAAUUUGGAGCAUACAGAAGGAUGGCCGGCCCGGACGCUUAAACAGACUGGCACAUUGGAGUGUGAAUACCCUGGAAACAACGUUCUAGUGACUGGUGAACAUACAGUAGGCUAUACAGUAUAUGAUAUGAUAUAAUAUGACAUUCUGGUUAAUGUUGAAGCUAUGAGAAGCAUGAACGGCUGUCAAAUGGUUUACUCUAUGAUAUAA